AAAACCACAGAGGAAGAAUAAAUACCGAGGGUGAAUAUACGUCAAGUCAUCGUGGAUUGUCUUCCUUAUUCUGUACCACAGGAAGGAGACAGUGGCAAGUUGUUCCUUGUGUGCAUCAUACCAACAAAUAAGAGGUCUGGGCCUGCCUCGCUGCAGAUGUUUCCAGGCCACACAGGACAGGACAUGAGUUGACCCGCUCAACAGAUGGCGAGGACAGGAGGGAAGACGUUCACUUCCUCUGCUCUCUCCGGCAGUCAUUUGAUGACAAAUCCAAAGCGACACAAGUCCGAGCCCUCAUCAUCUCCUCCUCAGUCUCACCUUUGACCUUUGUGAGACGCCCACGUGCAGUGAUGGACAGUGCCGUCAGCGAGAGGACUCCGUCCCGUCCGUCACUUUCGUCUCGGGUCGAUACGCAGCGCGAUGUGAGGAAAGAGAUAAAGGCUGGGAGGAAGUCUUAUUGAUCUUUGGCAUCAAACUGCCUUCAGGAUUCACCACUGCAGAAAAUCCAAUUCUUCUUAUUGGCGGACAUGUUGGUUAAUGAGAUCACUCUUAUUCACUUUACCGCAGCGUAUUUUACUUUAAGAGACGGGCAAGGACCGGUUGGCUAAAUGUCACUCAAAGGGGAGCUUCCAUUUCAUUAAGUCCAAAGGAUACAGAAAAUAAAUAAGUAAAUAAAGAGAUAAUUUUGCGUGACUCAAGCCACAAUCUACGAAAGAAUACUGUUCAUAGUCGUAGCAAGUUGGACAUUUCACGUUAUUAAUUACCAUUACUAGUAAGGUAGAGCUUCAAGUUGGAAUUUUAGGAGAAAAAAAGGCUUUUGUACAAUAAAGUUCUAACAUCAACGGCAAAGAUUUCCAGGAAAAUUCUAGUCUUUUUUUGUUUAAAGUACUAUUAUUAAGUUGUAAUUAUUAGCAACAUAAUAAAGUUGUCAUUUUAUGAGGGGGAAAAAAAGCUACAUUUACCAUAAAGUUGUAACAUUAACAGAAAACAAAACUAAAAUCCCCAAACUACGCUCUUUGUCUUAAUUAAACACUGUGAGUGUUGAUCUAGUAAACAUACGCAGCAGUGGUUCCCAGUGGUUACGUGAAAAAAAAAAAACAAUUAGCGCCUAAAACUCAAACUUACGAGUGUACCUGAACGCCUCACAGCGCGAGGAGACCGCAGACAGGAAACAGACAGCGCGGCAAGUUGGUCCUUGCUCUUUGUGAUUCAUAUCAACAAAUAAAUUACUAACACUUUGGGACUCCAGCAAGCCACAGUGAGAGCCAUUAUCCACAAAUGGCCAAAACAAGAAACAGUGGUGAACCUUCCCAGUGUCAAGGCGGGACCCAAAGGCAGAAUUGGCAGACUCUACACGAGGUCACACAGCCAUUUGAACUGGUGGGUACGGACCUCAUUGGCAAACUGACCACCACAAACAAUGGACACAUGUAUGUGUGCGUGAUGGUGGACUAUUUCCCCAAGUGGCCACAAGCCUAUCCCCUGAAGACAAAAAGGGCUGAGGAGGUCACGGAACAAAUACUGAAAUUUGUUCAUCAUUUGGCCCAUAACUGACUUUAUCUCCAAGGCCUCUAACAGGUAAUGUCCCUCAGAUGGACUCCUUCCUGAUCCUAUCCAUCCUGGUCACUCUCAACCAUCUCAGUCUGGCCCAUAACUGACUUUAUCCCCAAGGCCUCUAACAGGUAAUGUCCCUCAGAUGGACUCCUUCCUGAUCCUAUCCAUCCUGGUCACUCUCAACCAUCUCAGUCUGGCCCAUAACUGACUUUAUCCCCAAGGCCUCUAACAGGUAAUGUCCCUCAGAUGGACUCCUUCCUGAUCCUAUCCAUCCUGGUCACUCUCAACCAUCUCAGUCUGGCCCAUAACUGACUUUAUCUCCAAGGCCUCUAACAGGUAAUGUCCCUCAGAUGGACUCCUUCCUGAUCCCAUCCAUCCUGGUCACUCUCAACCAUCUCAGUCUGGCCCAUAACUGACUUUAUCUCCAAGGCCUCUAACAGGUAAUGUCCCUCAGAUGGACUCCUUCCUGAUCCUAUCCAUCCUGGUCACUCCCAACCAUCUCAGUCUGGCCCAUAACUGACUUUAUCUCCAAGGCCUCUAACAGGUAAUGUCCCUUAUAUGGACUCCUUCCUGAUCCUAUCCAUCCUGGUCACUCCCAACCAUCUCAGUCUGGCCCAUAGCUGACUUUAUCUCCAAGGCCUCUAACAGGUAAUGUCCCACAGAUGGACUCCUUCCUGAUCCUAUCCAUCCUGGUCACUCCCAACCAUCUCAGUCUGGCCCAUAACUGACUUUAUCUCCAAGGCCUCAAACAGGUAAUGUCCCUCAGAUGGACUCCUUCCUGAUCCUAUCCAUCCUGGUCACUCCCAACCAUCUCAGUCUGGCCCAUAACUGACUUUAUCUCCAAGGCCUCUAACAGGUAAUGUCCCUCAGAUGGACUCCUUCCUGAUCCUAUCCAUCCUGGUCACUCCCAACCAUCUCAGUCUGGCCCAUAACUGACUUUAUCUCCAAGGCCUCUAACAGGUAAUGUCCCUCAGAUGGACUCCUUCCUGAUCCUAUCCAUCCUGGUCACUCCCAACCAUCUCAGUCUGGCCCAUAACUGACUUUAUCUCCAAGGCCUCUAACAUCUAAUGUCCCUCUGAUCCUAUCCAUCCUGGUCACUCCCAAUGAGAACCUCACCAUCCUCAUCUCUGCUACCUCCAAUUCUGCUUCCUGUCUCCAGACCAAACAACAUGGCUGGUCUCACCAUGGUUUUGGAUACCUUUCUUUUCCUUGGGGAGUUUCUUGAUUCCAUAUCUGCUGAUGCUGCUUGUGGAGGGCGUGCCGUUGUUCUACAUGGAGCUCGCCAUCGGUCAAAAGAUGCGCUUGGGAAGCGUCGGGGCUUGGCAUGCUAUUAAUCCUUAUUUGGGUGGAGUGGGACUUGCUAGCGUCAUGGCUUCCCUGUAUCUUUGCCUCUACUACAACAUCAUCAACGCAUGGAGUUUCUGGUACCUCUUUAAUUCAUUUCAAUCCGUCCUGCCUUGGUCACAGUGUCCUGCUAAUGCCAACUUGACAGGACCGCUAGAAGAGUGCCGGAAGGCUUCUUCCACGCAGUAUUUCUUUUUCAGGGAAACACUGAAUAUUUCCCCCACUAUUGAAGACACCGGAGGUGUGCAGACAAGCCAAGUUUUGUGCCUUCUGCUUGCCUGGAUGAUAAUCUACCUUUUCAUUAUACAUGGAGUAAAGUCAUCAGGGAAGGUGGUUUACUUCACUGCCACGUUUCCCUAUGCGGUCCUCCUCAUCUACCUGGUGAGGGGUUUAACUCUACCUGGCGCCAUCAAUGGCAUCAAAUACAUGUUCACCCCCAAGCUGCAAGAACUGGCCAACCCGCUGACGUGGAUGAAUGCCGCCACUCAAAUCUUCUUUUCUCUGGGGUUGGGCUUCGGGUCGCUGAUAGCGUUUUCCAGUUACAACCAGUACCACAACAACUUCGAGCGACAAGCCGUCACCGUCACACUCAUAAACAGCGGAACUUCCAUCUUUGCUUCCGUCGUCACUUUUUCCAUCUAUGGGUUCAAAGCCACAGUGAACUAUGAGAACUGCCUGGAGAGGACACGCAUAUUACUGCUGAAUGCCUUUGACCUUGCAGAGGAGACUAUCAGCAUGAACAAUGUGUUUGACUGGAUCAUGAAACUCAAUGCAUCGCACCCGGAGCAGUUUGCUGAACUUGGAAAUAAACUGGAAGACUGUGACCUGACGACUGAGCUAGAUACAGCAGUGGAAGGGGUCGGUCUUGCCUUCAUUUUGUACAGCGAAGCCAUUCAGAACAUGCCACUGCCUCAGAUAUGGUCAGUGCUGUAUUUUGCAAUGCUCCUGCUGUUGGGCAUGGGCACCAUGCUGGGCAACGUCACUGCCAUCACCACCCCGCUACGAGACUUUAAGAUCCUGGCUGGCGUUUGCAACGAGGUGUUAAACGGUACCAUAUGUGUAGUCCUGCUGCUACUCGGCCUGGGCUUCACUACCCCUUCUGGGAAUUACUGGUUUAGCAUGUUCAAUGACUAUGGGGCCACCGUGUCCGUCGUCUUUGUGGUCCUGUUUGAGACCAUCAUCAUCAGCUACAUCUACGGAAUUAAAAGGUUUGAAAAGGACAUAGAAGACAUGCUAGGCCACCGGCCCAACUGGUUCUUCAAGAUCAUGUGGGUGGUGGUCAGUCCCCUUGUCCUCAUCGUCCUCCUCAUCUUCUAUAUUGUCAACUACAUCACAGGAGGGACACCCACUUACCAAGCAUGGGACAAGGAACUGGGAAAGACGGUGCUGACCAACUAUCCCGUGUUUGGUCAAGUCUUCAUCGGCGUGUUGCUGGUAUCCGCAGUGAGCUGCGUUCCUCUUACAGCUCUGCACGUGUGGUGCAGGAGGAGAAAACACAGCUACAUCAGAGACGAGGUCUGGACUGAAUCUGCUUAGUCUACCCACAU